AUGCCUGACGUUUAUACCGAUUAUAUGACCCGCGAUGAUAACGAGGUCCAAAGCAAUAUUGGAUAUCUACUCCAUCCCGCUAUUGUCGCCAGCCUGCCUCCAAAGCCACGAAUCGCAGAUAUGGGGACCGGAACGGCCAGGUUCCUACUACUUCUCCGAGAACAAUAUCCCGAUGCCAUCCUCGAUGGUUACGACAUAUCCCCCAGGCUCUUCCCUCAAGAGAACACGCUCCCGCCAAACGUAUCUCUUGGUAUACUGGAUAUGAAACAGCCUGCUCCAAAGGAACUUCACGGCAAAUACGACGUGGUCCAUGUCCGGUCGCUGGUAGCAGCAAUGCUACCGACCGACUGGGCCAUCGUCGUACGAAACCUCUCCGAGCUCCUAAAGCCCGGCGGGUUCCUACAGUGGGAAGAGUGCGAUUUCGCCGGAGCCAAGUACUUACGCGGCCUUGUAGGCUCCACAGUCGACGCAGUACGCUUUAUGGGCAAGCACUUUAGAAACACGCUGGGAGAGCGGUUCGAGCACGGGUGGUGCACGCUUCCUCGCGAGAUGCGGGAUGCGGGCCUAAACCCCGUCUUGACUGACGUGGCUGCCUCCGACAGGGUUGCGGAGACGAGAAAGACGCUGACGACGAGCGUUACGGAGGUGUUCUUUUCGUCGGCCCGGCUGAUGGCUGAGCGGGGAGCGCCUGGCGCGAUGACGAAUGAUCAGUUGGACGAGAUGGCGAAGAGGGCAAGGGAGGAUGCUGAGUCGGGUGGGUAUGUGAGGUAUGAGCUUUAUGUGGCUUGUGGUCAAAAGCCUAAGGAGUGA